CUGGACACAGUUGAAUUCUGCAACUCAAAGUAUUCGCAACUUCAGCAAAGAUGACUUCUAAGAGGUGUUUGGCUCUGCUGCUGCUGCUGGUCAGUUGCCUGGCAGCUCUGGCGACUGCUCGGCUGGACUUCCCCGAAGCAGGACCUGGCUCUCCCAGUGUCCGGAUAAUACGUCGCGAGCGUUCGCCCCAGCAUGGCUCGGUGGUGGUGACGGCCAGCAAGGAUCAGGCCGGCCGCCAGGCGGGCGUUCAAUACAAUCACAAUCUCUAUACCAGUCGUGAUGGGCGUGGCAGCAUCGAUGCCUACGCGAAUGCCAAUAGAAACUUUGACCAGAAUCGCAAUAAUUUCGGUGGCGGCGUGCAAGGCAGCUGGCGUUUCUAAUAAACGAUAUUCAACGAAUUCAUAUGAUCGACGAUAAUAAUAAAGUGCAAAUAGAUAUAGAAGAGCCGUGACUAUUUACUUAAAUCGGAAUUGUGUCAGAGAAUCGUGAUUUAUGUUCCAACUGCUAAUUUCUGAUUUGGAAAAAGUCCACAGAUUAUGCUGAGAGGUCUCUCUGAGGGCAUUCCUCUGAUAAGAAAGUCUGAGAUGCAUGGAACAUAAAAUAAAUGGAAUAUAAGUCUAUA